GGUGUGGGGUGUGGGGAGGGGAGAGCCUGAGAGGCCGCCACAGCACAGAAGUUCCUGCCUUCUCCUUCUUCCUGCAGACAGCAGACACAGCAGAACAGCAGCAGCGGGCUUCACAGCCAUCUUUGGGAGGCUGCAGCACACGAGGUGAAGACAGCACUGGACCUGGCUUCUGGAGCCCAGGUUUUGAGUCCCAGCUUGACCACUGGCUGUAACCUUGGGAAAACUCUUGUGUGGUUUUCAGGUUCCCCACAAUCAACUGGAGCUAACUUGGAAGUCAGGGCGGGAGCCGGUUCUUGGAGGAGACGGGGCACAGGACAUGGAUCACCGUGGGGCCCUUUUCUUCUGCCUGUGCCUCAUGACUUCUCACAGUGUGACAGUGGAGGCAUCCCAAGACCUCCUGCGCUGGAUGGAGGAAAUGGAGAUGGCCACCCAGAAGCGGAGCUUGACUCCUCCCGUUGCUGAGCUCAUGCGUGGCCUGGAGUGGAGGCUGCUGAAUGCCAGCUUCCCGGGCUACAACCUCACCUUGCAGACACACACCAUCCAGACCCUGGCUUUCAAGCUGGGCUGCGACUUCCCCGGCCUCUCGCUGAGCAGCACCACUCUGAGGCCGAUGCCCCAGGUGCGGGCUGGGCACGCCAUGCAGUUUCCCGCUGAGCUCACUCAGGACGCCUGCAGGACUGGCCCCAAAGAGCUGCGACUCAUCUGCAUCUACCUCUUCACAGACCACUUCUUCCAGAAUACCAACUCACCUCUGCUCAAUAAUUAUGUCCUGGGAGCCCAGCUGGGUCAUGGGCACGUGAACAACCUCAGGGAGCCGGUCAACAUCAGCUUCUGGCACAACCAAAGCCUGGAAGGCUACACGGCAACCUGUGUCUUCUGGAAGGAGGGAGCCAGCCAGCACCACUGGGGGGUCUGGAGCCCUGAGGGCUGUCGCACAGAGCAGCCCUCACCUUUCCAGGUGCUCUGCCGCUGCCACCACCUCAGCUACUUUGCUGUUCUCAUGCAACUGUCCCCAGCCCCAGUCCCCGCAGAGUUGCUGGCACCUCUAACAUACAUCUCCCUGGUGGGCUGCAGCAUCUCUAUCGUGGCCUCACUGCUCACUAUCCUGCGGCACUUCCAAGCGAGGAAGCAGAGCGACUCCUUGACAACCAUCCACAUGAACCAGCAUGCCUCUGCGCUGCUGCUGAACGUCACCUUCCUGCUGAGCCCGAGGCUGGCCGUGGCCUCCGUGCCUGGGUCAGCGUGCACAGUGCUGGCUGCCGUCCUGCACUUUGCGCUGCUCAGCUGCCUCACCUGGAUGGCCAUUGAAGGCUUCAACCUCUACCUGCUCCUUGGGCGUGUCUACAACAUCCACUUCCACCGAUACCUGCUCAAGCUCUGUGCAGCGGGCUGGGGGCUUCCAGCCCUCCUGGUGCUGUUCCUCCUUGCUGUCAAGAGCUCAGCGUAUGGACCUUACAUGAUCCCAGUCUCCGACAGCCAGGACGAUGGCGCAGGCUUCCAGAACAUGUCCAUGUGCUGGGUGCGGAGCCGCUGGGUGCACACUGCCUUGGUCAUGGGCUAUGGUGGCCUCAUGUCCCUCUUCAACUUGGUGGUGCUGGCCUGGGCGCUGCGGACCCUGAGUAGACUUCGGGCGCAGGAGAAGGCACUGCGUGCCCGGGCCUGCCGGGAUGCCGUCACCGUGCUGGGCCUCACCGUGCUGCUUGGCACCACCUGGGCCUUGGCCUUCUUCUCCUUUGGUGUCUUCCUGCUGCCCCAGCUCUUCCUCUUCACCAUCUUCAACUCAUUCUACGGUUUCUUCCUCUUCCUGUGGUUCUGCUCCCAGAGGUGCCACUCGGAGGCGGAGGUGGAGGCGGAGGUGGAGGCCUUCAGCACCUCCCAGACCAUGCUGUAGCCUGGACCUCCUGGCCCAGAGCCUCCAGCCUUUCUGUCGGCCUGCAGCCCGUGGCCCCAGCUUCUCCCAGAGAAGGUGGCAGGCCAGGUGCUGGCCACCAGAGGCCACUGCUCCCUCCAGGGAGGCUUUUACCCCUCCAUGGCUUUGCCAGGCCCAGAGGGCAGGUGCUGCUCCGUCUCCCCUGGCUUUCUGAACCAGAGUAGUUCCAGCCCCACUGCGGGGCAGCAAACUUUUCCCUGGUGCCUGGACCUGUCUGGCCAGGCCUGUGGGCAGUGCACUAGUCUGGGAGUCAGGAGGGCACAUUUUAAGCCAGGCUGUUUUACUUUAUGACCUUGGGUCUGUCAUUGCUCCCUGACCUUCGGUGUCCACAUCUGUGACUCGGGGCAGACAGCUCCAGGCCAGCCUAGCCCAAGAGUUUUGUGAAACUGAGUAAGACAGUGGAGAAACAGUCAUAGGGGGCCCUUUACCUCAACUUUCCUGCUGUAAGUGGGGUCCUGGCUAGCCUGCCGUAGAAGCUCCUGCUGGGCCCUGCCACCUUCCUCCUGGGGAGGGUCUGACCACUUCCUGCGUGGGUACCAGCCCAGGGCUUAGAGACCCACUCCGUGUCUGAGCCUCACCAGCCCAUUCCUGAGGGCAUUUUUUCUUUAACACCACCCCCACCCCUGGCCAAAUUACGAUAUGACCCUAACUCCAAAUCCACCCUUAGCAAAGACCAGAAAGUUCAGUCCUUCCUGGAUGCUCCUCCUCUCGUGCUCCCAAGAUGACCCCCACAGGCCAUUUAGACCGUGGCCGGGGCCGUAGGGCUUCCUGGCGGUACAAGGGGAGUGCCUCUUUCCCCUCCACCUGAGCCAGCUCCGUCCCAGUGGCCUGGCUAUUUGAUGAUUGCGUAGGAUUGCAGUUCCCCUGAUAGCAGUGAGGGUGUGGGUUCUAAAUCCAGGCUCGGGCCACUGUUGGAGAGAAUCACCAUUGUCGUUGACGUGUGGGUCAGACCAAGUGGGAGAUGACUCAUGAAGCCAGAGCCCUUCCCAGGCUGCACAGCAGGGAGCGCUGUUGGCCUAUGCUGGGAAACCACUGGUUACAAAACCGCACCUGGAAAUGCUGUGGUCACCUGUCUGCGGACGUGACACACCAGGUGGAGAGGCCCUGCCUCCAGGACUGUGCCUGCUGAGUGACCAGGAGGAAUUCUAGGGCCAUUUCUCUCUUUCCCAGCGCAGCUGCCCACUCUGGCUCUUGGGGUCUUAUGCUGUGUGCAUAUCUGGCACCAGAGUGGGGGGCUGAGAGAGGCUCUAGAGCCCUGUUCAGAGCCAUCAGGCAGAUUUAAUGACUUUGAUGGGCACAGGGAGGCAAUUGAAGCCUGGUCCCUUUUCUCCCAGGGGAAUCCUCCGCCCUCUGUUUAUUUCUUGACGCAAAUAGCCAUUCACUAGGUGGUGAGUGGGGCAGGUGCUGGAGCCAGACUGCCUGGGCUCAGAUGCCAGCUCAGCCACUUGCUAGCUGUGUGGAUGUGGACAAGCCAUUCAACCUCUCUGUGCCUUAGUUUUCCCAUCUGUGAAAUAGGGGUAAUAGCAAUACUUAUUUUGAAGAUGUAAUAAAAUAAUCCAUAUAAAGGGGCUUAGCACAGAGUAAGUGCU